AUGAUCUGCCUUCUUAUCGAUGAACGCCUGGAGCGCGAUGCGUCUCGCGCGGAAUCUCCCCUCCCCUUCAGACGUACGGGCUUCAACAGCAGACAGCCGCUCAGAGAGUCCAGGAAGAUACUCUACAAGUUUGAGAAGCAGAGUUGGAUGGCGCUGGAUGUUGCUCCUUUUGGCGAGAAGGAUGCCGAUGAAGCCGUGGAAGUUUCCGCGCGGUCGGCCGUUGCCCGGGAAGAAGGGAUGUGCGCAGGCGUGGAGAAAUUCGAAGCGUAA